CGGUGAUCAACUCGAUAUCCAACAAACACAGCGGUCUUGGCUUCGAAUGCGCCAAGGCGCUGACUCACCGAAACCCUGCGCGGAUGAUUCUUGCUGUCAGGAACACCAUCGCUGGUGAAGCCGCUGCCAAAGAGAUCGCCCGUACCAAUCCUCCAGGCGUCAAAACGGUUCCUGAAGUCUGGAAACUUGACCUAAGCAGUCUGGCUAGCGUUAGAGACUUUGGCCAGAGGGCCGACAAAGAGCUGAACAGGUUGGAUAUAGUUGUCUCAAACGCGGGAAUCUACACCGAAGUCUUUGAGCUCACUGCCGACGGGUUCGAGUCUUCCUAUCAAGUGAACAACAUCGCCAACUCGCUCCUCGCCGUUCUUCUCAUUCCCCUCCUCUUGCGUACAGCCGACACUCCUCUCGGCAAUCACACUCAACGUGAAUUCAAACCUCACAUCUCCGUGGUUACGUCGGAAUUGCAUCAUCACGUUGGCGGCAGGCUUCCUGGAUAUCGAAAGGAUUCCGGGAAGGUCAGGAACUACUUCACCGAAAGGGAGUACUUUCGCCCUAAUCAGCGAUACUCGGAGACAAAGGCCGUCAACGUUUUGAACGUUCAUACCCUUAGUCAGCUCGCCGGUGACAAGAUCAUCAUCAACCUCAUCAAUCCCGGUUUUUGCCACUCGGAGCUCCUGAGGAAUCAGAAAGGGGCUCUCGGUUUUUUCAAUGGGCUGAUGAAAGAGAUGAUGGGUCGUAAGACCGAGGUCGGUGCGAGAAACCUGUCGUGGGGCGCCACCCAGGCCACUCCGACCGGCGCUUACGUUGGAGAUUGUGGGAUCUCUGAACCGUCCGACCUCGUUCUUUCACCCGAUGGUCAAAAAGCCGGACGCGAGAUUUGGAAAGAGAUGAAAUCGAUCUGGGCUACCAGGGUCGGGGUGGACGCCGAUGCUUUGCUCGGCUGAAAUCUACCCGCUCCUCAUCUCGCCUCUAUCCUGCCAAGGCUAUCAUCAUUGGUGGCGUUGGUGUUUGGUUCGGGAGGUCCAUGGAUCGACCUGAUGAUAUCGAAGGAGGUUUCGUUUCGGUUCGACUUGAUGCGAUUUGACUUGACUGGCUUGUUUGGAUGCUACGUAGCGGGGUUCGGCUUAAUUUCGUGACGAUCUCAGACCUCGAUGUGGAUUAUGAUACCAUUUUGCUUGA